UCGCCCAUAUCUACAAUUGCCGAAUAAACAAGACAGAAGAAAAUACUAGUCACUGAUACUUCCGCGUUAGAUUAAAGUGUCAGUUUUCAUACAAAAGAUGUGCCUAUUGAUGUCUUUCAACAGAGCUAUUCUAGUAGAAGCUUGAAGAUGAAGAAUGAACCUUGAGGGUUUCAUUUAACACCAUUAUUUGUUCCACCAUUGACUGAACAUCUUUGGUGGAAUGGACUUUAACCAACCUCCAGGGUAAUGGCACGGUUUAGGCGGAAGUCAUGUUGUGCACUUAUUGCUUUAGCCUUGGCUGUGUUUAUUAUAACAGUCAUCCUAAAGUCUCUGAGCCCUGAGGAUAAUAAUUUUGGCAGUCAGUUUGCAUUAAGGCUUAUUCCACCUUCAAGACAAAUGGAACAAGAUAACAAAGCUGUUGUAUCCGCUAAACCUGCGCAGAUGAUACCAGCAGAGAAAGCUGAUAGAAUGGAGAACGAAAUGCAAGGUUUUCCUGAGCCAAAUUACAAUGUGCACGCUUUCUACUAUGUGUGGUAUGGGAACCCGCAGUUUAAUGGAAAAUAUGUUCACUGGGAUCAUUUACUCUUACCACACUGGGACCCCAAAGUGGCCUCAGGUUAUCCAUCCGGACGACACCAGCCUCCUGAUGACAUCGGGGCCAAUUUCUACCCUGCACUAGGUCCAUACAGCUCCAGAGAUCCAAUGGUUUUAGAGGAACACAUGCGACAGCUGAGAACAGCUGCUGUUGGUGUUCUAGCUGUUUCGUGGUAUCCACGUAGUAUGAAGGACGACAAUGGUGAAGAAAUUGAUAAUUUGCUGCCUUUGGUUCUGGAUGCAGCUGACAAAUAUCAGUUGAAGGUUGUUUUUCAUAUUGAACCAUACAAAGGACGAGAUGAUGCAAAUAUGCGUGAAAAUAUUAAAUAUAUUGUGGAGCGAUAUGGAAACCAUCCUGCUUUUUAUAGAUACAAAACAAGCAAUGGCAAAUUUCUUCCCCUGUAUUAUGUAUAUGACUCCUACUUGCAAACUCCAGAUGUUUGGGCACAACUUCUAAAGCCAAAUGGUUUAUCGACAAUCAGGAACACACCGUAUGAUGGCAUCUUCAUUGCUCUUCUUGUGGAAGAAAGGCAUAAGAAGGACAUACAGACUGCUGGAUUUGAUGGACUCUACACGUAUUUUGCGACCAACGGCUUUACUUAUGGCUCCUCACAUCACAACUGGAGAUCCAUUAAAACCUUCUGUGACUAUAAUGACUUGGUAUUUGUUCCAAGUGUAGGGCCAGGUUAUAUCGACACUAGCAUUAGACCCUGGAACUCCCAGAAUACAAGGAACCGCAUUAAUGGCAAGUAUUACGAGACCUCUUUUAAUGCGGCUGUGGAGGCAAGGCCACAGAUCAUCUCUAUAACUUCAUUCAAUGAAUGGCAUGAAGGAACCCAAAUCGAAGAGGCCAUCCCAAAGACAUGGGGUAAAACUGUGUAUCUUGACUACCUUCCUCAUAAACCUACAGUUUAUUUAGAGAUAACACAAAAAUGGGCUAGAAAAUUCAGUGAGGAGCAGAAAAAAUGGCUGGAGUAAAGAAAAGUUAAUUACUUUAUUGUUAAUCCUGAAAAAGCAACGCUGCCCUAAGAAGUGCUUACAAGGACCAUGAUUUGUUUUUUUUUGUUCUGUUUGAGUUGUGUGCAGUUUGUAUUACUUACCUUUUACCACUGUAUAUGACAACUUGACUGAUUAAACUCGUCAAAUAUUAAUGCUAAAAUGCAAUCAGAAAUAUUCUGCCUAGAAGCUGUAAAUAAAACAGCUUUACUUUAUACUAGGUGUUUUUAAAUACACUGAAUAAAAUAAUGUAGAAACAGUCUUUUACUCUGAAAUUGCUAGUAAAUAAAUUAAAAAAAUUAUUUUUUGCAAAUAUGCAUUUUAAACUACAGUUUGAUGAAAAGUCUUUCAAGAUUCACAUAUGGUAUUCAUAGACGGUCUUUCUCAGAAUAACACAAUAACACACCGAGCCAUAUGCUUUAAAUUUUAAUUAAAUGCAUAACAUAUAAAGACACCUAAUAUAAAGUUUGACCAACAUAAUUGCCUAUGGUUGCUCUGGCAUCACAACUGUUUAAUUAAUUGCUUGAUUAUUUAUUAUAUUAAUAGAAGUUAUUAAAUUAACAAUAAAUUAUUUAAAUGAAAAA